GGAGAAGGCGGGGAGCGGGGCGGGGCGGGAACGCAGCCGAACCCAGCGCAGGGCCGCGCCGCCCCGGCCGCGCUUUGUUGUCUCGGCCGCCACCGAGUCCCGGCCGCAGCAGUGCGGCCCCAACGGGCAGGAUGUCUCAGGAGAGUCUCCUCGGGAUGGACGAGGGAGCGCUGCGGAAGCUGCUGGAGGCCACACUGGACCUGGCUGAGCGGCGCCGCAUCCGCUCGGCUAUCCGGGAGCUACAGCGGCAGGAGUUGGAGCGGGACGAGGAGACGUUGGCAUCCAAGCGCUUCCGCCCAGAACGCAGCAGCCAUCGACAGGACAACAAGGAGAAUUGGCCACAGUCCCGGCACCUGGAAGAGGAGCAGCAGGCAGCCCUGGCUGCCUUGUCUGAGCAGCUCGAAGCCAUCACCAGCGUGGAGGAACUGACAAAACUGCUGCGGUCAGCGGGUGAGUAUGAGGAACGCAAGCUGAUCCGAGCUGCCAUCCGUAAGCUGCGGGCUGAGGAGAUUGAAGCUGCGACCCUGGCUGGGAAUGUGCAGAGCAGCCGAAGGGAUGGCAGCAAGCCCCCCACUGUGCCUGGGGAAAUAAAAAUUUUCCAGAGGGACAAUGCUGAAACACCAGCCCUUACUGCGAGUGAAGAAAGCUGUGGUGAGAGUAGCACCAAGCCUCCAGGCACAGACAAGAGCGGGGAGAGCAGCCAGCAGGACGAUGCAGAGCCAGCACUGGCUGGGCCAGAGAGUGGAUAUGGGGAGGCUGUGAAGCAGACCCCUGCCCAGCAGCCCAAAGGCUCAGCGGCCUGCAAGCAAGAGGAUGUGGUGGAGCAGGAGCAUGUCCCAGCUGGGAUGCAGGAGCUGUGCAGCCAGCAAGCGAGAGACCCCCAGAAACCUGGUGCUCAGGCUGUGGUUUCAGGGACCCUCGUGCUCCUGGAGCUGCAGCCAGCCCCAGAGACCCAUCCAGAGCCUGAGGAUGGUGGUGAGGACCUGCAGCAGGGUCAGCCCCAGGCAGCCUGGAAGGAAGGGAACCUGGACAGCCCUGCAAGCACCCCAGAGCCCAGUGUGGUGCAAAGCCCCAGAGGGGAACAACUCAUCCCGGGCCAACCCAGUGCUGGCAGUCAGCUUCAUGUUGGGGUACACUGCCAGGUGCUGGGGCCAGGUGGGAGACACGAGAGGCCAUCAGUGGCAUCAGUGCCCACCCAGGAGGUCAUGGGAACCCCGGCUCGCCUGAAUACUCACCGGUGGGAGCUGCUGCCCUCCUCCCUCUGCCUGGCUGGCCCCACGGAGGUGACUCUGGAUCUGCGGAGCACCCCCAUCCGUAUCACCACCAUCCCCAGCAGCGUCAGCAGCAUCUGCAACAUCAGCAGUGUCAGCAGCAAUGUCACCAAGGACCCUUGCGCUCACUUUGAGGGCACUGAGGAGCCCAGUGGCCCUGUGGCCCAUCCACCCACUUUCUCCAGUACGCGCCAGCAAUCGACCCUGCAUCUCUCCCGAAGCAACAGCAGCAUGGAGCCAGAGGUGGUGGAGCAGCAGCAGGCACCGAGGCGAGAACCAGAGCUGCCCAACGGCGUGGAGAAGGUGCAAGUGAAGGAGGUGGAGAGAAGGAGCAAGCUGAAUGUCGAGGAGCUGAGCAAGAUUGAGGAUGAGGAUGUUCUGGAUAAGAUGUUGGAUCGGACAACAGACUUUGAGGAACGACGGCUGAUUCGAAAUGCCAUGCGGGAGCUGCGCCAGCGCAAGCGAGACCAGCGGGAGAAGGAGCGGGACCAGCGGCUGCAGGAGGCUAGGAGCCAAUCUGUGACAGGAAGAGCUGGCCAUGCCACAGAGACCACCACCACGCAGAGCACUCAGUCAGCCGAUGGCUCGGCGUGCAGCACCGUCACCAAGACUGAGCGUCUCGUCCAGUCUAGUGAUGGCACCAAGACCUCCCGUACUACAACCAUGGAGUCAAGUUAUGUGAAGAGAUCAGACAAUGGCAACAGCACUUUUGUUCAAACCAAAUCAUCCUACAGCUCCUCAUCCAAAAAGACAGGCAGCAUUUUUGACCGUGAAGAUGAGAGUGCUUCUCGGCAGAGCAGCCUGGCCGCAUUGGAGCGGCGUCAGGCGGAGAAGAAGAAGGAACUGAUGAAGGCUCAGAGCCUGCCCAAGACAUCAGCCUCACAGGCACGCAAGGCCAUGAUGGAGAAGCUGCAGAAGGAGGGUGGGAGUUCAAACCCUGCAGCAUCACAGACCGCCGUGCAGCGCUCCUCCAGCUUUGGCGUGCCUAACGCCAACAGUAUCAAGCAGAUGUUGCUGGACUGGUGCAGAGCCAAGACCCGCGGCUAUGAGCAUGUGGACAUCCAGAACUUCUCAUCCAGCUGGAGUGAUGGCAUGGCCUUCUGUGCCUUGGUCCACAAUUUCUUCCCUGAUGCAUUUGACUACAGUAAGCUGACACCCCAGAACCGCCGCCAAAACUUCGAGGUGGCCUUCUCUUCUGCAGAGACGCUGGUGGACUGCGUGCCGCUGGUGGAGGUUGAAGACAUGAUGAUCAUGGGGAAGAAGCCUGACGCCAAGUGCGUCUUCACCUACGUGCAGUCCCUCUAUAACCACCUGCGUCGCCACGAGUUGCGCAUGCGGCAGAAAGAGUGCUAGAGCCUGCCCUUUCCAGCCCCACUGCUGCCCUCACCCCAGAGCUGCCUGCGGGCAAGGGAGCUGCUUGCCUGGGAGGGUCUGGGGGGCCAGGGGUCUGGCACUGGGGACAGAAUUCUUCCACCAGGGCACCCCCAUACCUCUGCCUUGGCAGAGCUGCUUCUGCCUCGGCCAGCUGUGGGCUGACCCUGUGGGCAGAGCCAGGUGGGCGCUGCGGGGAUGCUCCCACCUUGGCUUGCUCCCUAUGCUCCAGCCUUUUUUAAGUUAUUUGUUCUCCAGGAAUUAUUUGCCCUGCAGGUACCAUCCCUGUGUCCCUGGGGUGGCGUGAGUACAGCUGUGCCCUCAGACUCAGGCCACCUCAUGGGUCUGUGGCUGAGCAGGGCUGUGCAGUUCAGCCAGGAUCGUGGUACACCCUGCAGGCAGCACCUGUCAGUGGUUCCCUUGGCCCCCUGCAAGGAAGCCUCUCUGCCCACUGCAGGCCCUGCCUGGUGUCACCUCCCUGGGGACAGCUCCACAACCAUGCCAACUCCCUGCUUCCCACCUCCACGUGCACCUGAGGCACUUCCACAUUAGGGGCACCUGUGGGCUGGGGAGGGGGUAGCAGCAAGGGGUCCCAGGGCAGUGCAAGGUGAAUGGAGCAAGCUGGGACAACCACCCCCACUCCAGCUCAGGCCACCCAUGUGCUCAGCGCUGCUCGCCCCUCUGUCACAUCUCUACACCGCGCUGACAUGUGUACCAACACCAGCCAGAUAAUAAAGGUUUAUUUAGGGCAA